AUGGCUCCCCUUGCGGCAGAUGUUUGCUCGUCCUUGAGCCCGAGCCAGAGGCAUGUCGCAACACUAUACGAACGGAAUCGCCAUGGGGAACCCGCCAGGACAAUCGACAUCUUUGCCGGAACAACGCUGGUUGUUGGCCGUAGCCCCAAGUCAUGCCAGGUGGUUGUCAGCGACCCGCGAGUAUCACAGAAGCACCUCCGCAUAUAUGCUAUCAUUUUUGACCCUGAUAACCCCGAUGAGGUCGCACCGCUCGUUUACGCUCAGGAUAUUUCGUCCAACGGGACACUCUGGAAUGGUUACAGGAUAAGGAGAGCUGGCGGUGUGCUGUUGAGUGACGGUGAUACCCUUGAACUGUGCGACGGUAUCACUUUCACUUUCAAAGCGCUCAGAAACGAUCAAAGUGUAUUUUCUGGGAUUCAACUAGAGGAAAUGAAGGGGUUCCAACAUGAGUUCCUGAUUACACAGCGCAUGCUCGGAUCAGGGGCCUACGGGCAAGUCUAUAUGGCCGUAGAUCAGCGAAACAGGACACAAUUGGCUUGCAAGGUUAUCGACUUAAGCGCGAUCAAAUCCCAACUUCGAGCAUCGCAUUGCUGCGAAACCAACAAUACUCCGCGCCCAGCCACGAAUAUCGAUCCUUACAAGCAAAUAUCUGAAGUAAAGAAGUGGGUGGAACGACGACAGCUCACGAAGAAAUUAGAGCUGAAACUCAAAGCGUAUGAUCGGGAAGUGGAAAUAUUACAAAAACUUCGACAUCCCAAUAUCGUCGGUGUUGAGCGGGUCUUUAAAACUGAAAAUACAAUAUAUAUAUUUCAGGAUUUAAUCCCUUCUGGAGAUCUUUUCUCAUUUCUUGAAUUCAAGAGAUGGAGACUCCUUGAUGCCGAAGUAGCGGUGAUAGUGCGACAAAUCCUGAUAGCCCUUGACUACCUCCAUGAUCGGAAUAUCGUGCAUCGGGACUUGAAGCCAGACAACGUCUUGAUGACAUCGUUGGUCAGUAGUUGCCGUGUAGUCCUAACAGAUUUCGGCUGCGCACGGCAUGUGCCCCGAGAGACAAGCCGCAUGGCCUCCGUAAUGGGAACAUUUGAAUACACGGCUCCCGAAAUAGAUCAUGCAAUGGCCAAAGAGGGCUACACAAAAUCAGUUGAUCUAUGGUCUCUUGGGUGUGUAACGGUUGUGCUACUCACGGGAGGCUCGCCGUUCCAGGAUCCCGAAACCCAGCAAUAUUCGCGAAAAUUAGCCAAGGAAUGCAAUCUCGAACUACUCGACAACAUCAAAGAAUGGUCCCAUGUUGGACCCCGAGCGAAAGGUUUCGUGCAUGGGCUCCUUAUCCUGGAUGAAAAACGUAGAAUGACAGCAAAGGCUGCUCUUAUGCAUGCAUGGUUCACCAAUUCCACUCACAAGGAAAUAUUUGACCGAAUCUACCAAAAGGCGAUUUCCGAUUGGAAACCACGGCCUAAUAGCGAGGGUGACAUCCGCAGUUCUCGUUACUCCGACAGCGAAUUUUCAAGUGGAUUGAUUCUCGCCGAGGAAGCACAGUCAUACAAUAUUCUCGGCCCGCGAGUAGGAUCAACUUUAGGACAAACGUCUAUUCAGCCCUUCGUUGAAAUAAUUGCAUCUCAAGAGGAUCUGCCGACACCGCAGGGUCGAAGCCCUUCAAUCACACUGUCGGACCCUGGUUUCAAAGGCCUGAGUUCAUCUCCGCCGCGCACUCCUAUACUUGUCAGCGGGUCAUCGUCUGAUGAAAGACACCAAGUACAAUUACUAGGUACGGAAAGGCUGAUGGAAUGGAUAUCAGUUCCCGGGUCCAAUACCGAACUUGAUAUUGAUGACAUACCCAACCUAGGGGCUAAAUGCUCCACCCAGGACGUUGAUAAAUGGAUUAAGGAUACCCAUGAUAAAACAAAGCCGCCAGUGCGCCUUCCUUUUAGUCCCGCGGCGUGGAACUUGGGAAGGGAUGGCCCCAAAAUAUCUCAAUCAAAGGGGCAACUAUGUAAAAUGGGCGCCUCUGAGUUGAAAGAGGCGCCAGACAAGCAUUUGCAGACAAGGUUAGAAUCAGUUUACAAAGUCGAGGAGAUCUUACGGGGCACCCGCCUGCAAAGGCCGGCAAAAACAAACAAAGCCCUGGGUGAAACCAAGAAGAGACAUGGCGGGGACGUUUUUGAGCUGAGCACGGAAUCUUUGGCUGCGAAACAUCCAAGAAUCCGGUGA